AUGGAGUGUAAGAACUGCGAGCUGAGACAACGUCAGUACUAUUGUGCAAAUUGUCUGAGAAACCAUCUACGCGAUUUUCGCCUUCAAACUCACCAUUUUUCCUCGGACAGAAAUGAGCAUAUUGCUCGCGCAUCCCGGGCAUUCAAGUCUAUUGAAUCUGGUCGCCUCCUUCGUGCAGAGAUUGCACGAGCGGACCACAGCCUCGACCAGUUAGCAGAUAGCCUUGCCCAAGUGAGAAGAGACUGCGAGAACAAGCGCGACCGCCUCCGUACCCUCCGAGAGACCCUUGCUCAACGCAAACGCACACUUCAUGCUGCACGUCUCCUUCCACCCCAAUCACAAACGCUUACCAAGGAAUCUCAGGAGCUCUCUGUGUUGAGUCAAACUAUUGCUAGAGCACGCUCAGGCCUUGUACAGGAGCUGGUAGAGGUAUUUCACAUUGUCGAAGUUGGGGGACGACCUGCAGUGGGCGGGCGGGCGGGCGCAAGAGGAGAAUGGACUGUUGGCGGAUUGGUUCUUCCAGUACCGGGAGAUGUUAGACGAUAUCCACCGGAUCACAUCAACGCCGUGAUAACACAGACCAUUCACUUUCUGGGGCUUCUUACUUUCUACCUAGGCAUCAAACUCCCUUUUGAAGUUUCGUGGUCUUGCAGAAGAUUCGGUGUCGGUAUGCCUUGGAUCGGAGCAGGGCGAGGGACUGAAUCCUGGGCAAAAUGGACAGCCAAACACCCUCUGCACCUCACAUCAAAUCUUUCCUCUACUCCCUCUUCUCCCUCUUCCUCGCCAUCCCCUACGCUACCCGUCUCACUAGCUGACUCAGAAGCUCCAGAACAGGUCCCAGCACAUGGCCAAAACCAAUCAUUCACGACCGGCCUUGCGAUGCUUCUCUACAACGUGUGUUAUCUCGCUCAUAGCCAAGGUGUCGAGAUUCCCUUGUCGCAGGCGGGCGAUGCAUUGAGUAAUUUGUGGGCUGUAUGUUGCAGCGGGGAGCUUGGGCGUCGGUCGCACUCUACCACUCCGCUCCUCUUACCUCCAACCCCUCCCUCGUUCACGCUCGACUUUGCCCAGGUCCUUCAAGCCACUGCUGCUAGUCCUGCUCGGGCAGCACGAAUACGGCCGGGACGUUCAGCGCAAGAAGCUGGCUUCAGUAAUAUGAGGAGUGAACGUAUCGUAGAAGAGGAAGAUGGCUGGGACGUGGUAGAGCUUGGUGGAGAAGAGGGAUUUGGGUAA